GGCUCUCUCUUUAUAGCGGAUAACUAAUCUUUUAUUAGCGACCGCAUAUCGCAUAUGCUUGGGUAUGAAAAGGUGGAUGGAAAUAUAUUAGCGACUUUGCACAGGGGGAAAUGCAAAAAAAUAAUAAGAGCAAGGCUAAUGUUGAUUCAACUGGCAGCAACCGGCAGUGUAUCUCGGUAUCUCGUGAGGCUCUCAUGAGCACCUUCCUGAUAUUAGAUAGCCGUUCCGCCAUGCCACCACCGUCCCAAACCAUGCAAAUGCAAUUACCCCUACGCCUCAAGCCUAGACUUGGACCAAAACCUAGCUCUCACAAACCCCCUAUCAAGCCCAGACCUAAGCAGCUCACCAUGUGCUCAACAGUCCACUUCACCUACCGCUGUGGCUGCACCCACACCACCACCUUCGAGUGCCCAGACACCGCAUCAUCUUUCUCUAGCCUAGCCACUAGCUCCCAUUCCCACUCCCGUCGGAACCGUCCCCGUCGACGUCGUCGGUGCUGCGGCCCCAAGAGCACACCUACGAUCACGCCGCUGGACGAAGACUGCUACGACUGCGCGCAGAAGCGGGAGAAGACGGGGGGACGAACUGCUUCUUUAGGGGAUAGCGAUGUUUCUUCUUUCUCUCUGUCGACGGACGCAGACGCAGAUACGGACACGGAAUUAGAUACAGACACAUCAAUGGCGGCGUCGACAUCGACAUCCAGGACCACAUCCAUAUCGUCAGCCCCAUCAACACGCGCCUCGUCACCUCUCGACAUGUCUGUUCUCAAAGAGCGCGAUCCCAAUCUACCGUCUAAAUGCCCGCUCAUCUCGAUUCUAGACCUGGACUUGGACCUGCGCAUGCAGUUGAUAGACCUGGAUCUGCCCGAGCUGCUGGGUGGCUUUUGAGCUCUAACCCGGGGUUGUUUGUAUGGAGAAUGUGGGUUUAAAGGAAUAGGGAGAAGUUAUAUGAGAAGAAAAGGGGGAAAGGGGUGUGAGAGAAAAGAAGCAUGGCUGGUUUGUUAAUUGUUGCUCUUAUCUGACGGGUAUGAGUGAGCCCUUGCUUGCUAUA